UCCUGUCGCAUGAUCCUGCCUCAUCAUAGUCCGCGACAAUGCGAGAAUUCCAAUAGAUGACUCAGCUGCUUCAUGUCAAAGCCAUGAGUCAUGGUCACAAGGCGGUCCUCGCGGUGAUAACGGUGAUAAGCGGAUAUAUCACGAGCACGCAAAGGCUCUGACUUGUGGUCUAUAGGUAUGUGCUCACGCCAACCCUCUGUGGAUGGGACAGCGACAAGAAAUGACGUCGAUGUUGGAUUCAAGAAGUUCAGAAGUAACAUAAAUAUUCGAAGGCAAUGCCCGACUCAUAGACACAUGUGAUGCCCCUCGCCACGAUGUCGCACAAAUACAGCAGCCGGACAACUGCCGACGUUGUCGUCAAGGACCUUGCAUCUCAGAUUGCUGGUACCACCGUCUUAUUGACCGGCGUUUCAUCUGGAGGGCUAGGAGCAUGUUUCGCAGAGCAAAUUGCGAAAAGUCCACAAAAGCCGAAGCUCAUCAUCCUGGCCGGCCGCUCUAUCAAGAAGAUCGAAGAGACUGCCAGUAUUGUCAACAAGGCAGGAGUUACGACGAAGAUUCUCGAAUUGGACCUCUCUUCUUUCGACCGCGUGCGCAAAGCGGCUGCCGAGGUGCUCGGAUGGAGUGAUGUCCCAACCAUUGAUGUGCUCAUCAAUAAUGCAGGAAUCAUGGCUGUACCGUAUGAAGUGGGUCCGGACGGCUUCGAAUUGCAGCUCACUACCAAUCACUUGGGACCAUUCCUGUUUACCAACCUCAUAUUGGAGAAAGUCUUGGCUGCCAAAGAACCUCGUAUCGUCAAUGUCGCAAGCGAUGGCCAUCGAUUGUCCCCAUUUCGGUUCGCGGACUACGACUUUCAUGACGGCGAAAACUAUGAUCGUUGGCUCGCAUAUGGGCAGACGAAGACUGCAAACAUGUUGUUUGCCGUCUCCCUGGCACAGAAGCUGGGUCACCGUGGUUUGACAGCCACCAGUCUCCAUCCUGGUGUGAUUGGCACCAAUCUUUCAAACCACCUGGACUGGGAAAAGGACUUCGGCGACCUGGUCAAGGCUGAUAGAUGGAUGGGUAACUUCGAAGGAUGGAAAGAAUUCGAAUUCAAGUCUCUCGAACAGGGCGCAAUGACUCAUGUCUAUGCCGCAUUCGAGCCGAGCCUUAAAGGUGGGAAGUCGUAUCUGCUACGAAUUGCGUCAGUCGGGCUUCUGACUGACAUGUUGCAGCAUACAACGGCGCAUACACCCUUGACGGACAUGUCGCCGAUCCAAGAAAUCCUCAAGAGACCGUCAAGUCUUGGGCAACGAACGCCACAGAGGCACAGCUGUUGUGGGAGCUGAGUGAGAAAUUGGUAGGGCAGAAGUUCGAAUUUUGAUCACGAUGUGCCCUCUCGAGCUCAUGAUGCAAGCUCAGACGUGUUGACGCUGCGAAGGUCACAACUUGAGCUGCAGAUGCGCCCUGUACUCCGUCGGAUUCGAAUAUUCCGAGUUAUCAAAUGUUUCUUCUUGGUCCGGCGUACUUGCACUGAUGAAUCUUGCCAUUCGUCACCUCCUUGAUCGAUGCGGUCUGCGAGUUUUGCAGCUUUGGCGAUAGGUCCAAAUGUCAAGCUUUACAUGCAAGAUCUCGCUUUCGAUCACUGGAGACCAUUGAAUUGACGUACAUAGACAUCUUCCAGUCGACAUUCAGAAGCACAUUGGCAUUAAUGCAUCAGCAUA